AUGCCCCACGCUCGCGAAGUUUCAAUCCACAUGUUGACAACAGACACUUUGAAACAUCACCACAAUACAGAACAUCAAAUUCCCCUAGGCCUACGUCUCCGUAUUCGUCGGGACGGGGCCCAUGGGGUGGACAACCUCCGUAUAAUGGGCAGCAGAGGCGCUCUCCUCCAUCUCGACAGAAUAGCUAUCCUCCUCCCCCAACUGGUCCGCGGAAUCAGCAAAUAUCCUACAGCAGACCCCCGAGCCAAUCACCAUAUCAUGGUGGGCAUUCUGGAUACCGCGGUGGUUAUCAGAAUCAGGGCCGUCACUUUUCUGGAUCUACUGGUGGGCCUUCUCCCCGUGGUCGGGUCCAAUUUGACGACCUCCAGUGGGCUCCAACGCAUCCCCGAAGUUGGAACGGUCCUCAUAGUCCGCACACGGCGUCGGGUCAACCGUCACAAAGUCCUCCACCACCCCCGCCAGAUGAUCGAAACUCUCCCCGUUUCAAAGAGGGUGGCCAUCCUUUCCGACCAGUGA